AUGGAGCAACAAUUGCAAGCUUGGUUGCGCAUUUGUACAUUCUUCGGCGGAUACGUGAGCGCCAGGAAGUACACGGACGGCGACAAGUCCAUAGAUGGGCGCGGCUCAGCCAACUCACGCGCUUACUGGCUGCAACGCGCCUACAAUUGCCUGCUAUUUCUUAGCAUUUGCGUUGUAUUCGCGUGCAGUCUUUGCUGGCUUACGAUUCCGCCAGGCCUUGAGCUCAAUUGGGUAGCAGUAAGCAUACUUUUCGCUACACGUUUCAUAACGAACGCGUUCAUAUUAAUGGAAGCGGUGUGUAAGCAGCAACAACAUGCGAACUUUCUCAAAGCAUUGCAGGCGAUUGAGGCAUCACUGCGGCUGCGGCUUAAAUGGCGCGUUGAAAGCACGACGCUGCUCUCGCAAAUAAAACGCAUGCUCAAAUAUCACCUGGCCUUAUCCGUGCUCGGUAUGGUGCCAUUCAUGGUGGCCACCUGGGUAUUUGUAGAUUAUGGCGGCUACUUUUGGCAGGGACUGUGGUAUAUAUGCAGCAUACGUGUACGCACACUGCAACUGCUCGUUUAUUUGCGCAUAUUGCGGCACUACUUGCGUGACUUGUGUUUGCAGUUGCAACAGCUGGUGGCGUACCACCGGACACCGCAACGCUGCUUGCUGGACUUUAAUUAUGGGCGGCUUGGCACGUUGCGUCAUCUGCUGGCGAUCAAAGAGACUUAUAUGCUGUUCUAUGAAGCCUCCGAGUUGCUGAAUGCUUUUGCCGGUUGGUCGCUCUUCGGUAUUGUCAUUACGUCUGUAUUAGAUUUGAGCUCGAACUUCUACUGGCUGCUGCAAAGCUUCGAUAAUUUUCAUGGCCGUCGUUAUUACUUUUUAGCUGAUCUCUGGUGGUUUCUUCCCGUCAUUGCAUUGAUUUGCGAGUUGUGUUAUCUGUGCGAUAGUUGUAGGCAGCUGGGCUGUAUUGUGGCGCAUUUACUAAGUCAGCUGAUUCGCUUGAGCUCAGCAAGCGCGAGACGGCAAUAUCAAUUGGUUUUGCAGCAAUUCGCCAUGCAGUUGCAGUUGCAGCGCAUUGAGAUUACAGCGCGCACAUUCUUCACUCUGGACUUUCGCUUCAUUAUGUCGAUUUGCGUCGCCAUGGCUAUGCAUUUGGUAAUACUCAAUCAGUUUUAA